AUGCCCCCCAAGAAGGCCCCCCGCGCUCCCCAGGAGAACAUCUCCCUCGGCCCCCAGGCCAGAGAAGGCGAGCUCAUCUUCGGUGUUGCCCGUAUCUUCGCCUCCUUCAACGACACUUUCGUUCACGUCACCGAUCUCAGUGGCCGUGAGACCAUCUGCCGUGUCACCGGUGGCAUGAAGGUCAAGGCUGACCGUGACGAGUCCUCCCCCUACGCUGCCAUGUUGGCCGCCCAGGACGUUGCCGCCCGCUGCAAGGAGCUCGGCAUCAACGCUCUGCACAUCAAGAUCCGUGCCACUGGUGGUAACGGCACCAAGACCCCUGGCCCUGGUGCCCAGUCCGCCCUCCGUGCCCUGGCUCGUUCCGGCAUGAAGAUCGGCCGCAUUGAGGACGUCACCCCCACUCCUUCCGACAGCACUCGCAGAAAGGGUGGUCGCCGUGGUCGCCGUCUCUAA